AUGAUUGACAGCUUCCUUGUGGAGCUGGACUCUUCCAACAGGCCAGGCCUGACCUACGAGCAGGUCCUUCAGGGCGACAUCUCCUCCCACAUUCUGGACAACCUGCAGGAGGACAGGGAAUACAAGGUCAUCCUCUACGCCGUGCACCCCCAGGGGCCCAGCCAGCCCGUGGCCGCCCUGGGCAGGACAGUGAAACUCCUGCCUGUGGAAAACCUCUGGCUGCAGAACGAAACCACGGACACGCUCCAGGCGAGGUGGAGCCCGGUCCGGGGAGCGACGGGAUACAGGCUCACCUGGACAUCAGCAGAGGGCAGCAUCCAGGACGUGAACCUCAGCAGCACCUACAGCCACUACAUGAUCCAGGGGCUGCAUCCCGGCGUGGAAUACACGGUCACCAUCAACCCCAUCUUCGGGAAUGUCGAGGGACCGGUGCGGAGCGGGAACGCGACGACGGUGGCCUCGAGCACCGUCCGGAUGCUGAACGUGACUGAGAUUUCCACCAACAGCCUCCUGCUCUCCUGGGAUUCCGUCGCCGGAGCCACCGGCUACAGAGUGGCUUGGGGUCCUACCCCAG